AUGAGCAGCGCAGAUGACAUUAACGAGCGAAUUACAGCAGCAAGAAGAGAAGCAGAGAUGCUUAAGGAUCGCAUCCGACAACGUCGUGAUGCCUUGGCUGACAGCACCCUGACCGAGAUGGCAAAAUCAGUUGAACCUCUCCCUCGACUCGUGAUGAAGGUGCGACGUAAUCUACGUGGACACCUUGCAAAAAUUUAUGCUAUGCACUGGGCUGGAGAUGCUCAACACCUAGUUUCUGCAUCUCAAGAUGGAAAGUUAAUUGUCUGGAAUGCCUACACAACCAACAAACUCCAUGCUGUUUCUCUGCGUUCUGCUUGGGUUAUGACAUGCGCUUAUGCACCUUCUGGAAAUUUUGUGGCCUGUGGUGGUCUUGAUAACGUGUGUUCGAUAUACAACCUUACUGCCCGUGACGGACCUGUGAGGCCAGCCCGAGAAUUGGCAGCUCAUACCGGUUAUCUGAGCUGUUGUCGAUUUCUGGACGAUCGUAGAAUCUUGACAAGUUCAGGAGAUAUGUCAUGUUUCUUAUGGGAUAUUGAUGCCGGAGCAAAGAUUCAAGAAUUCACUGAUCACGCUGCUGAUGUGAUGAGCGUAUCUCCAUCUCCUACAGAUCCUAAUGUAUUUGUUUCUGGUGGAUGUGAUUCAGUUGCCAAAGUAUGGGAUAUGCGAGCCCAGAAGUGCGUCCAGACAUUUGCAGGCCAUGAGUCUGAUAUAAACUCGGUUCAAUUUUUCCCGAACGGAAUGGCAUUUGGUACAGGUUCAGAUGAUGCCAGUUGCCGACUGUUUGAUCUUCGAGCAGACAGAGAGUUACACACAUAUGGAAAUGACACUAUUCUGCAUGGUAUUACAUCUAUCGCUUUUUCAUCAUCAGGACGUCUCUUGUUUGCAGGCUAUGACGAUUAUAGUACCCAAAUAUGGGAUACUCUCAAGGGUGAGCGGGUAGGAGCCCUCUCUGGUCAUGAAAACAGAGUAUCUUGUUUGGGUGUUUCGAGCGAUGGUAUGGCUCUCUGCACUGGUAGCUGGGACAGUAUGCUCAAGGUCUGGGCUUAA